AUGGACGCACGACCGGCCCGUAAACGAGGAGCAGGCUCGAGCGAAGAUGUCACGCCGCGCAACGUCCGUAAGAAGACCAGAUUUGUAGAGCCCUCUGAAGACCCUGUCAAUUUCGCCGAGGAGGUAGAUGCACAGCUCGAGACGCGCCAAAGACGAGGACAGGUCAAGACCGAGGGCUAUGAGUCGGACUCCAGCGAUGAUGGUGAGGACGUUGUUCCAAGCAGGCGGCCUGGCGGGGAUGGUGCCCUUGAGGACGAGGACGAGGACAUGUUCGCCAUCGCGGAGAAGGAGGAGAAGAAGGCAGAGCAGAGUGGGAAGAAGGAAGAGAAGUUCCUGAGACUGGUAGACAUCGAAGGGCAGGAGUUUGAUGAAGGGUCGGACAGGGAGAAAGAAGAAGCGAGCGAGGAGGAAGAGCUCGAGGAUGAGGAUGUCGCAGAACGUCGAAAGAAGGCCGGAAUGGGCUACGAGCUCUCGUCUUUUAACAUGCGCGAGGAGAUGGAGGAGGGCAAAUUCGCCGCGGACGGAACAUACGUACGAACGUUUGACCCUCACGCGGCGCAUGAUCGGUGGAUGGAGGGGUUGGACGAGAAAGAGAUCAAGAAGGCGCGGCAGAACCAUCGGCAGCGGGAAAGAGAGCAAAGAGAGAAGCAGAAGGCGGAGGAGCGGGAACUUCAGCAGCUGGGCAGCAAAGAGGAUAUGGAGAAAGAGCUGGUGGGGAUGCUGAAGAAGGGAGAGACCGUGCUUGAGGCGCUGCAGCGGCUCGGGACGCAGGCACGGAAGAACGGUACACAGAAGAAGAGGUACCCCAGCAAGAAGCGGAAAGACGAUCUCGAGACCGACACAAUGCAGGUCGACAAGACACCCAAGGCGCUAUCGGGAAUUGACCAUAUAACCCAUCUUGCGUCGAUGCUUAUGUCGCUCGGCGACAUCGAUAUCUAUUCCCGAACAUACGAGGAGCUCGUCCGUGCUGUUCGGUCGUCAGGCAAGGUCGACCCAGAGUGGGUACCACCAUCUGCAGACGUCAAGUACGAAUAUAAAUGGGCCGUCCCCAACACCUCUGGCCCGGAUGGUCAGGUAUUCGGACCGUUCAGCGAGGACGAGGUGCAAGCGUGGUACAAGGCUGGGUAUUUUGGGACAUCCGGUGAAAACGUGAUGGUGAAGAAGGUUGGAGGAGAAUGGGGAAGUUGGACUGAUGUUGUGACAUAA